AUGAUAAAGUACGAAAAAAAUAAAUCGCCUUAAAAUCAAAAUGUGAAUUCUCUUAUACCCAAGAAAACUCAUCUGGAAAGGAAAGCUUAAUCUUAGAAUAAAAAGAUCAACAUUGAUCUUUCAAAAAGAACCCCAGAUAACAGCAAAAAGUAAUAGAAACAAAAAAGCCAGUUGGAAGUAAGUGAGAAUAAAAAAGUGAAUGAGGGAUGUUCAUUUGACGAAUCAUUAAUGAAGUCACCUAUUUCAACUGCGAGAGACUAGGACGCUUCUUAGAACCAAACAACUCUGAAAAAGAGCAUCAGCCCUGGGAUACUGAGCGGCAGACUAACAAUAAAAUCAAUAAACAACAUUCAAUAGAACAUAAUUGAUGAGGACUUCUCAUCGGACACUAAGAGAUCAGAAUUUAAAGCAGAGCUAAUCCAGCACUAAGAGGAGAGACAAGAAGAAGUAGGGAGCGUUAUCAUUGUAAAUCACCAUCAGCAUUCACAUACUCCUUACAUUCCUUCGCCUAAUAAAAACAAUUAGAGAGAAGAUGACUAAAACUUACUCAGCGAGUCAGAUGAGAAAUUAAGAGCGCCACAGCCUCAUAAAGACAAUAGGAGAGCCUAUCAAUCAAAUAAGCAGUAGUAAUUUAAAUCAAUAGAGCAUAGAAACUAGGAGAGUAUUGGUGGUCAAAGUGGAACAGGCAGUCAAUAUUACGAGUAAUAAAAUGACAAGAUAAUUUCGAACAAAAGAAAAUACCUAGAUUUGGUGACUAAGGGAACUGCUAUCAACAAGGAAAGAGACAGUCUCAUAUUGAAGGAAAAGAAGGAAAAGGACAUAAGUAGCUCUUUAAUUGACUCUCAUAAGGAAAUAAUUUAUAUUUCGAACACUUACUUCGAAAAGGAAGAAGAAAACAUGAAUGGAGUUGCUCAGGAGGAUCAAUAUUUACCCUCUUAGCCACCACCAUUUAGCAAAAUGUCUAGUUCUUUGAGUUGUGAUGCUUAGAAUGAGGAUGUAGAUGAGUGUCCACCCAUUUCUCCAAACCAAGAUAAGACUAGCUUUGUAUCUAGAGCUUCUAUAAAGCUUUCAAAAGGAUUUUCCUCCAAUUCAUCAUCAGUGACUAAUAGAAAGAGUUAAUGCUCUCAUAGAUGUUCAAGAGGUGGAUUUAAAACUUUAUUCAAUUGCUGCACUUAGAAUAAUGGCACUGGUAGAAAUAAAAAUGACAAUAACUCAGAUUACUCGAAUGGUAGUGCUUUUAAUAAAGUCUUAAUUAAUAAUAAAAACGGAGGCAGUUUUGUUCUUCGGAAAUCUCUUUCAGGAUCUAAUUUGAGGGCAGAAGAUUUCACAGAUGAUGUUGAUGAGUAUGAAAACGACUCCUAUAAUCAUAGACUCAGUAUAGUUAAAAGGAAAAAUGUCAACUAGUCUAAAAUAUCCUAGCCUGGGAUAAAAAUAAGAGAAUAAUCUAAUAUAGUAUCUAUUUCUUCUCACUUUGAAGAAGCCUAGGCUCAGAAAAAGUAAUAAAAACUAGAUAAAUUCGUCACUAAGAUGCCUUUGAAUAGUUAGAUAUAAGCAAAUAACUAAUCUUAAAGAAACAAUCAAGAUAUAGCAGGAAUCUAUGUAAAUCUUAAUUCGUCCUCUUAAACAACGCAGUAAUAAAAUUAUUAAACUACUUCUUAUGCUGCUGGGUAAAAAAAUGUAAAUAAUGACGAUAGUGCUACAAAUUCAUCAGGGGUAAUGCCCUAGGAUAUUCAUAGAUUGCACUUUUUAUAGACUAUACAGGCACUUCAUACUAUUAAAAAUGUUUUGACUAUUACUCCUGAAAAUGAGAUUGAGCAUCUCAAAAUUAACCUGCCACCUCCUAAUCAUCCAUCAAAAAAGAAAACUUUGAUUUUCGACAUGGAUGAGACACUAAUUCAUUGUGUUGAUGACAUUGAAAAUGAAGACCCAGAUGUUAUCAUUCCUAUAGAUUUCCCUGAUGAAGAUGAACUAGUUAAUGCUGGAGUAAAUAUAAGACCCUAUCUUUAUGAAUGCCUUGAAGAAGCUAACAAACUUUUUUAAGUUAUUGUCUUUACAGCUUCUCAUAAAGCCUAUGCUGAUGCUAUACUUGACUAUAUUGAUCCAGAAAAUAAAUAUUUCUAGUAUAGACUCUACAGAGAAAACUGUGUCCAAACAAAAGAAGGUUACUACAUUAAAGAUCUAAGAAUUUUAAAUAACAGAGACUUAAGAGAUGUGGUUAUUAUUGAUAAUUCAGUCUUUUCCUUUUCAUUUCACAUUGAUAAUGGUAUCCCUAUAAUUCCUUUUUAUGCUGAUAAGGAAGACGAAGAAAUGCUUCAUUUAAUCUAUUACCUAAACUGCUUGACUAGUGUUGAAGACGUUAGAGUAUAAAACCAAGAAGCCUUUGAGCUCAGGAAGCUUUAGUUGCAAAGUCCCUUAGAGAUAAUAAACAAUUACUAUACAACUAACAAUCAAUAAUAACUACUUCUCCAGCAUAAUACUGAGAAUUAUGAUGAUAGAGACAUUAUAAUGGAGGAGAAUGAGGAUACUUAAGAAGUUCUAUCAGAGGAUGAAAUUGGCUAUAAUGAUAGACAAAUAAAUUAUGACUCAGAUCUGAUUGAGCACUAGGAUAUAAUAAAAGAGCAAUUUAAAUAAAAGGAUCAGUCAUUUGCAUUUCAAACACCAAGAAGUCUACUUGAUCAGCAACAGCAAUGA